GUACAGACAUCUCUGAUACAAAAUGAAAUUCGUCUUGGCAGUUUUGUGCAUUGUAGCUUUUCUGGCUGACAAUAAGUCGCUUGUUCAAGGACAAGCUCAGGGCAGUGGACAAGCACAAGGCCAAGCUGGGGGACAAGCUGGAGGGGAAGCAGGAGGUUCUGCAGGAGGACAAUUGAGUUUUGGCUUUAAUGCUGGUAUGAGCGGAAGCGGAACUGGAGGCUUGAGCGGAAUGGGAAGUGGUGGAAAAUAAGAUUUUAUUUUUAAUAUGUUACAGUAGUAAAUAAAAUCAAUAAAUUCCUAUGAUUUAAAA